AUGGCUACUCACCUGAAUCUAUCCCCCUGCUCCUGUUCAUCCCAGCUGCCCACCGACCCUCACCUGGAGAAGCUGGGUGCCCCUCUGCCCCUGCCCUUUCUGCAGGAAAAAAUGUGGGAACCAUCCGUGACGGAAGCCAAACUCUCUGCGGUGGAAGGAGUUCCUUCAGAGGAGUGGCAGAGAGCGCAGGCCCAGGAGCAUGCCCAAGAGGCCCUCUCACAUGGCAGUGGAGAGAAGCUGUUGAGUGGUCGUCCUUGCAGCGGUGUGGAAAUGGCUGCUGCACUUCCAGUCCAGUCUCCGACUUCCUUUGAGGAGGUGGCGGUGGAUUUCACGGAGGCGGAGUGGGCCCUGCUGGAUCCAGGCCAAAGAGCUCUCUAUAGGGAAGUCGUGCUGGAGAACUACAGGAGUGUGGCCUUUCUGGGAGAGGCAGAGGAGACAGCUGGGGAAUUUCAGAGGUUCUCAUCAGAAAAAGCCAAGAAUGAAGAGGCCAAAGGAAACUUUGGGGAUGGAAAAGAACCAAAAAGGCAGGAGACAAUCCACAGAGAGAAUAUGAAGGAUAAACUCAUGUCUCAACAAGGAAGUGGCUUCCACGAAUGCCCAGUACAAGAAGAAAGGCCAGCCAAAAAAGCAGGGGACCAUCAGGGGAAUGAGGACAAUGAGGAACUGCAUCAUCUGUCGCCAGGUGAUGUCAAGAAUGAAGAGUUGAGAGGAAACAUUGGGAAUCAAGGUAGACCUAAGAAGCAGAAAAGAAGACACAUGGUCAAGAAGAGUAAUGAAAUCAUUCCUUGCCAAGGGAGGGAUUUACUUGAAGUGAUUCACGAGGCAGACAAAAUAUACAAGUGCUUGGAGUGUGGAAUGAGCUUCUUGGAUCAAUCCCAAUAUCAUAUGCAUUUAAGAAUGCAUCCUGGUAAGAAGAGCCAUCAAUGUUUGGAGUGUGGAAAGAGCUUCAGAUGCAAAGCAGACCUCCUUAGACAUCAAAGACUCUACACAGAAAAGAAAACAGAUAGCUCCUCAAACUAUGGGCAGAGUCUCCCACAGAAAUCAGGCCUUGGUCAAGAGAAGAUUCAUUCAGGAGAGAAGCCAUUGAUUUGCUCAGAGAGUGGAAUGAUAUUCUCUGAGGGAACAAUGGAUAAUCUUUUUGAAUGCUCAGAGUGUGGAAAGAAAUUCAGUAGUAUUUCUGAUCUUCGACGGCAUCAAAGGAUCCACACAGGGGAUAAACCUUUUGAAUGCUUAGAAUGUGGAAAGAAAUUCAGUUACAUUUCGUAUCUUCAGCGGCAUCAAAGUAUCCACACAGGGGAAAAACCUUUUGAAUGCUCAGAGUGUGGAAAGAAAUUCAGACAUAUUUCGUAUCUUCGACGGCAUCAGAGAAUCCACACAGGCGAUAAACCUUUUGAAUGCUUAGAAUGUGGAAAGAAAUUCAGUUACAUUUCGUAUCUUCAGCGGCAUCAAAGUAUCCACACAGGGGAAAAACCUUUUGAAUGCUCAGAGUGUGGAAAGAAAUUCAGGCAGAGUAGCAAUCUUCACCAGCAUCAAAGAACCCACACAGGGGAGAAACCUUUUGAAUGCUCAGAGUGUGGAAAGAAAUUCAGUCACAUUUCUGAUCGUCGCCGGCAUCUAAGGACCCACACAGGGGAGAAAUCUUUCGAGUGCUCAGAGUGUGGAAAGAAAUUCAGUUUUCUACAGGUGCAUCAACGAACCCACACAGGGGAGAAACCUUUUGAAUGUUCAGAAUGUGGAAAGAGCUUCAACAGAAGUGGCAGUCUUCACCGGCAUCAAGGAACCCACACAGGGGAGAAACCUUUUGAAUGCCCAGUAUGUGGGAAGAAAUUCAGUCGGAGUGGCCAUCUUCACAGGCAUCAAAGAACCCAUACAGGGGAGAAACCUUUUGAAUGUUCUGUGUGUGGAAGGAAAUUCAGUCGGGGUUUCAGUCUUCGUUGGCAUCAAAGAAUCCACACAGGGGAAAAACCUCUCGAGUGCUCAGUGUGCAGAAAGAGAUUCAGGCAGAGUAUCAGUCUUCACAAGCAUCAAAGAACCCACACAGGGGAGAAACCUUUUGAAUGCUCAAUGUGUGGAAAGAGAUUCAGUCAGAGUGGCAAUCUUCAGUUGCAUCAAAGAACCCACACAGGGGAGAAACCUUUUGAAUGCUCAGAGUGUGGAAAGAAAUUCUGCCGCAGCAGUGAUCUUCAGGUGCAUCAAAGAAUCCACACAGGGGAGAAACCCUUUGAAUGCUCAGAGUGUGGAAAGAGAUUCAGUCAGAGUGGCAAUCUUCAGUUGCAUCAAAGAACCCACACGGGGGAGAAACCUUUUGAAUGCUCAGAGUGUGGAAAGAAAUUCUGUCACAGAGGUGAUCUUCAGGUGCAUCAAAGAACCCACACAAGGGAGAAACCUUUUGAAUGCUCAGAGUGUGGAAAGAAAUUCUGCCGCAGCAGUGAUCUUCAGGUGCAUCAAAGAAUCCACACAGGGGAGAAACCCUUUGAAUGCUCAGAGUGUGGAAAGAGAUUCAGUCAGAGUGGCAAUCUUCAGUUGCAUCAAAGAACCCACACGGGGGAGAAACCUUUUGAAUGCUCAGAGUGUGGAAAGAAAUUCUGCCACAGAGGUGAUCUUCAGGUGCAUCAAAGAACCCACACAGGGGAGAAACCUUUUGAAUGCUCAGUGUGUGGAAAGAAAUUCAGGCGGAGUGGCCAUCUUCAGGUUCAUCAAAGAACCCACUAA